AUGCUUACAUCGCGAUUCCACCGCUGCUUGCAUCGGUCAUUGCGGUGUAUCCACAAUUCUAUUCCAAGCCUCUGGCAAGCCUAUGAUAAUGAGCGCCACUACGAACCCGGCGAAGAUGCGUUGAAUCGAACGUGGCACGGUCUCACAUACGAUUUUCGACGAUGGAAACGUCGUUACCAAGAGGCUCGAAGAGAUGCCUUUCGCCGUAGGAAUCCCAUUGCUUACAUGAAACAAAAUGUACAGGACAAUGAAUUGUUUCCCUUCCGAGCUGAGAUCCUCAUCAUAGGCGGUGGCCUCACUGGUUCAUCUGCUGCUUACUGGAUUAAAGAGCGUUUCCGCGACGAAGAUCUAAAAGUGGUCGUUGUAGAGAAUAAUGACAAAUUCACUCAGAGUUCAACAAUGCUAUCAACAGGCGGUAUAUCACAACAGUUUUCGAUCCCAGAGCACAUAGAGAUGUCUAUGUUUACUGCUGAAUUCCUACGUCAUGCAGGAGAACAUUUACGAAUUUUAGAUAACACACCUCCAGACAUCAAUCUUCUACCAAAUGGUUUCCUUUACUUGGCUCGUAGUGAAGAAGAGGCAGAGGCAUUGAAGAAAAACUGGAGGCUUCAACUUGACAAAGGAGCAUGCGUCGCACUUCUGUCAAAAUCCGAGCUCGAAGCUCGUUUCCCGUUUAUGACUUUCGAUGAUGUUGUUUUGGGUACUCUAGGUCUCGAGAAUGAAGGUACUUUCGAUACGUGGCAAUUGUUGUCUGCUAUUCGAGAGAAAAAUAUUACGCUUGGCGUACAGUACGUCAAAGGCGAGGUCGAAGGUUUUCAAUUUGAGCGACAUCGAACCAGAGCUGAGCCUCAUGCAAUGGAAGAUCAUGAAAUUGCCGAUCAGGAAAAACUUGUAGCUCAGCGAAUUACCGGUGUCUUUGUGCGGCCGCAAAUGUCUGAUACGUCAGCUCGCCCAAUACGUGCUCAUAUGAUUGUAAAUGCUGCCGGCCCAUGGGCAGGGAAAAUCGCCGAAUUGGCUGGAAUAGGGAAGGGUAAAGGGCUGUUAGCAGUCCCCGUUCCUGUUCGGCCCAAAAGACGGACUAAUUUCGUUAUACAUGCACCAGAUGUCCCAGUCGAUAUGCCUUCCUUGGUCGAACCAUGUGGUGUACAUUGCCGUCAAAUAGAUGUUGGAAAUAAUUUUGUAGUAGGGAGAAUUCCACCGAAAGAGGAAGACCUAGAUGAACGGGAAUCCUUAGAAGUAGACUAUAAUGAGUUCUAUGAGAAGAUAUGGCCCGUUUUGGUGCGAAGAGUGCCUGGAUUCCAGUCAGCGAAGAUAAAGUCAGCCUGGUGUGGAUUACAAGAUGUCAACACAUUUGAUUCAGCACCAGUUAUCGGUGAACAUCCAUUAUAUCAAAAUCUAUUUAUGAUUUGUGGAUUCGGUGGGAGAGGUGCAAUGCACUCGCUUGCAGCCGGACGAGCUUUCGCGGAACGACUAUUUGAAGGUGCUUAUGUGAAUAUAAAUCUACGUAAAUUUGAUAUGCGUCGUAUAGUUAAAAUGGAUAGGCUUGAAGAGGCGUUUGCCACAUAG